AUGGCGACCAACUGGCAGCCGCCAUUCGGCCUGCCCUUUCCUCCAUUCCCUCCUCCUCAACAGCAGUCGCAGGCGCAGCCGGAUGCCCAGGACGCUCCUUCCGACGCGUACCAGCCGCCGCCCGCGACUUUUGUGCCACCGCCGGCCUGGAACGCUGCGAACAUACCUGGGUUAAACUUUCAGGCGCAUAACCAGAACGCCCAACAGCCACAGUUCGCCUCUGCAUGGCCAGCCCACUUCCCCACACCGGAACAGCUUGCCCAGUGGAACCAGAUGCAGGUGGAUAUGCAGCAGCUUCCCUUCAUCAUGAUGCAGAACCCACCGCCGAUUCCUGGCCUCCGACUUGCCUCGAACGCGCCGUCUCAGCCACCCUUUCUAGGUGCCACACCCGCACAUCCUUUCCCCGCGCUGCCACCGCACCUCGUUCCCGCGCCUACAAAUGCCGAUCACGUUCCGCAAGCUGUCCAGAACGACCGCAUCACCGAUGUUACGGAAAGCGACAAGGAAGAGGGAGAAGUCAGCGAAGGGUCCCGUUCUCCAGCCGUCAAUGGCCGCACCUAUACAGAGCCCCCAAGGUCGGUCCCUUUGCCGUCAACUCGCUCUUCGAAUAAGCAGGACGUCUACAACCCGGACCAGCCCUCUGCAGGACAUACGAGCGCCAGCGCCUUGCAACACACAACAAGACCAGCCAAAAGUACUGCAGAUACCAUCACGCAGCAGCAAAGCGAUGCAAAGGCAUUUAUCAAGCUGCUGCAUAAUAACAACAUAGGAUACCACGCGCUGGCUGCUGAGGCUCUAGAUGCGAGCUGUCUACGAGAACUGUAUCGAAGCUUGAAUUUGCCCUCGGAACCCGAGCCUGUGCCGUCUGCUCCCAAGGUUAACGGCAAUGCGCCGAGCAGCUUGAGCAACGGAGACAGCGCUCCGGCUCGUCCAUCACCACCAACCGUAGGCUCCAAGCCAGUCACUGCAGUCAACACGAGCGUUCCGCCAACUAAGUCUGUCCCAUCGCCGGCCAACCGUAAAGAGUACCUCGCGCAAUUGCAAGCGGCGAAAAAGGCCAGACAGCAGGGAGGGGCGAAGCUUACUCCCCCCCAGAACACCCCGCCACCGACUGCGGCUGCUUCGAAAGGGACUACUGAGAACGGCCAACUCACAGAAGCAGAGAAGAAGGCCAAGACAACUGAACUUAUACGAAAACGUAUCGAGGCUUUGAAGAAGAACUCGUCUUCUCCCGCGGGCGCUGCACCGUCCAAGCCUUCAGUCACUGGCUCCACCACUGGUGCUUCCGCCAGUCCUCUUCCUAAAGCUGCCAAAUCAUUGCCGCCCACCCCUACUAGCUAUGCAACCCAAGCUAUUCCUCCCUCACCAUUCGGGAAUAUUCCAGGUCUGUUCAUGAACCCUUCUCAGGUUGUUCAACCCAGUCAGCCUCCAGUUACUCCUGGUUUUGCCAAACGAAAACUAUCCUUUCCCGCAACAGAUGGCACUACGCUUCAUGCUGAUAUGACUAAUCAAGCGACGGAGGUGGAUGGCAGCCAGGAUGCGACUACGACCCUGACCCAGACGACUCCCGUCCAGACUGGUUCGCAAGGUGCUCGGACUUUACCAAUGCCGUAUGGAUUUCCGUCUCGACCUGCGUCCGCAAACCCGUCCGCUUCUGGGAUGAGCACCCCAGGGCCUCAAACGCCAUCCGGUGCCACGCGUAGUCAAGAGAUGGAUGAAAAAGCGAGGAAACAGGCUGCUCUCAAAGAGCGUUUGCAAAAGAAAAUUGAAGAGCAGAAGAGACAAGCGGAGCAAAAGCGACUAGCAAGCGUGCAGGACUCCCCGAAGUCAUUGCCACAUCAGCCUUCGUUACUACCAAAACCUAGCAGUGACCAGGAAGCACCCAGGGAACCGAAGCGGCGGCGGAAAGCGGACAUUGAAGCAGAAAAGUCCGCUUUGGAUGUCGAUAUUGCUCAAAAUGCUGCCAGGUUGGCGCAGAUCACGAAGGAACUCGAGAUGCUCACUGCCAAUGACAAAAAGAUGCGACUUGACAAAGAACGACUUCAAGCAGAAUUGGAGAGUCUUGGUAUCGACACGGAAGGCAUGCCGCACGCGGAGCUCCAGGCGAAGAAGGAUGAAAUUGAACGUGAGCAGGGUGCGACUCUCGAAACGCUGACGGCCGCCACCCAUCUGCCUUCCAUAUCACCUGUGACGCAGCCACCAGCUGCAGUUACUGCGCCGAUAUCGUUAGAGACGGGGCUGAGCUCUAGAGUUGCCACUCAAUAUCUCUCGCAGUCGCCCGAGAUGUCUAUGUCUGUCCCUCAAACAGGCAUUCCUGGUCUUAACGCGUCCUUCCCUUUAGCCUCCUCGCCAUCGACUGUUACGGACACUCGCGUUACGACCAGCCAGCGGACUCCAAUGCCUCGCACUGCGCUGGCAUCUACCAUCCAAUCGGAGCAGGUCACGUUAGCGAAACAUCCCGCAAUAUCCUCCGUAUAUGGUACGACCUCCAACGGCCCAAGCAAACCAGCGACGCCGGUUGACGACGAAGAAGACUUCUAUUCUCCCGAACCCGCCGACAUUGAUCUAAAUGCCGACGAGAAUGAAAUCACGACUGGGCCCCUAGCGCUGGCUAGAUCUCCUUCAGAAGAGGGUGAAAUGGCCAUGUCAGAGUCCGAUGAAGAAGACUAUGAACCUGAAGAGGCCCAGGAGCCAUUGGCACAAGCGUUGGUCUCAAAAGCUCAUACUAUGAAGCAGAAUGCCAGCUUGGUGAACGCUCAAGUUUCGUCGUUUGGACCACCUACACCUGCAAACGAGGACGAAGACCCAUACGAGCCGCCAGAUGUUGACCAGCCAAUGGUGGACCUUGCGCCUAGUGCUUCAACCGCUGAGCUCAAUUCAAUUGCUCAGCAAGUUGACAUUGAAGAGGAAGAAAUGGACAUGUCCACUUCAUCCGACUCCGAUUCCGACUCCGACACCUCAUCAGAGUCGUCCGAAGAGGAGCCUAAUGGCCCGGCUUUCGCACCUAGUAGCAAGAAUCCGGGUUCGUCUGUGACUGUAGCUGACGAUCUAGCACCAGAAUUACAAACCGAGGUCUCAGCAGUAGCACCGGUAUCGCAAGAGCUAGCAGGACCUUCAGUGACAAAGGACUUAGCUGUAGAGGAAGAUAUUACUAACCUACGAUCAUUCGUGCCAUAUGAAAGUCCCCUCAGACUUUUCAAGUCCUAUCGUUACCACCCACGCUUUGCACAGGACGUCUCUAGCGGGUUCUUAUCCACGACGUUUAGUCACCAGAUUGAUCAAGAGAAGCCGCUCUGUGAACACGAGGCGUCAGGUCAUGAUUGCACUGACGCAGAUUGCCCGUUCCAGCAUUUCCGGGACAUGAAUAUCAGCGGUGAGAAGCUCUUGGUUCAGCUUGGAACUGCGAAUCCUGGAAAGACGCCUGAAGAGAGGCAGCGUUGGAAUGAUGGUCUGCGAGGCGUACUGAAGGACUUACGGCAGAAGAACACGAAAGACCCGAAUGGCAUCGCCAUGGAGAUCGCCAACUAUCGUCGUCAAUUCCUCCAGGAUGACACGAGAGUGGUCAAUCUAUGA